CGCCCACGCCAAUCCCCUCGGGCAAUUUCACCCCCGGCCCCGCGGUGCCGCAACAGCAGAUCCCCGCGGCGAGUAUACCACCUGGCUUAUCGGAAGGCGCCAACUACAUUGCCGGACAGCUUCGCCUGCAGUACCGCGGCCGGGUGGUGGGUCCCUACCCGGUCCGUCCGUGGGAACUCCUCGAAGAUGCAGCCCCUAUCGUGGGGGUGAAUGAUACGGCGAUCAACCUGAAAUACUUCGAUGCCCGCCGAGUCCGGGCUUGAACAUGCUCUUGUCCCAUUGACACUUCUAAUAUUUACGAGAUUUUGAUUGGAACGUACAUAGCCUUGAUGUUUAUUUUCUUUUUAUUUUCUCUCUUUUGUUGCUUACCUUUUUGUUUAUUUUCUUGCGCCUCGCAUCAUUCGUCGGUUGAUACCAGCUUCAUUUGCAUAUACAUUUGUUGGAGAUGGUUUGGUUUCAGAAUCCUGCAUUGCAUUGGUUUUGUCUGCUGGGCUUGUCUCUCCACUUGCAUGUCUGGUUUUUUACAUUUUACGUUUGUUUUGUUUUUCUGACAAGUCGUGCACCGGUUGGGAUAUUUAUGGCUGUUUGUCAAGGGUCUCGGCCAUGACCAUGAGGAUUGUACAUAUUAGAAGGCGUUUAUACUUUACUUAGUAUUGGGACUCGUAUAGUCUUGCCAUGCGUGGUGUCGCGUGGUUAACAUGAUGAUUAUGAUUGAG